UGUUAACCAAGUUGGUGAAGUUUUCAUGCAGUCGCUGUUUUCCUUGUGUGCUUGAUAUGAGCGGACGCAUUCGGCGUAAAUGUUAUUUUGUCUUUUGGCAAACCGACACAAUUUCGACAAGAUACUUAUCUACACCUAAGAAGCUUCAAGCACCGGCCAAAAUACAGAUUAAAUUCCUUGUUAAAUUCCACUGCUACUAGGCUACUUCACUUUGGUACCGUACAGGGAGUUAUUGUCUUUAAAACGUCUUCCCGAAUGAAGAUUAUUUUAAAGAAUCGCAGAUAGAAACAAAAGAAACUUCACGCAAAUUGAACAAUUUCUAAGGAAGCCAGAUGUUCGCUCGCACAGGUGUGAUUCACAAUGGAACACUGGUUGCCUGUCAAAGCUUAGAUUAAAUCUUUAUUGUUUCGUGUGAUGUGCUUUGUGUUUAGAGCCGUACGAAAAACGUGGGCUUACCAAGGGGCUUGUUGAGGCGUACAUCCCAUAAUUCCACGCUUUUGUCAGUUUAAUCGCAGCUGGGCUUCAGCAAACAACGGCCUCGGCUAAAACAACACUGUAUUUAUGAAUAUCAAUCUUACUGAGUUGAACUUUUCCGUUUGUUAUGAAAGCAAGUCAUUGCCACCUCUUGAUAGCAAUAGGCGAGUUUAUUGCACCCGACACGUCCUUCUCUUUGCUUCUCUGCUGCGCCUUGAAAAAACAAAUACUCUGCACACUGUUCCCGCGCGCGUGGUAAUUUAUUCCAAAAGGAAUAUCCUCAUUCGUUGAACGCGUAGGUCUCGAUGCGUAGGAGGCAAGUUUAGUACCCAAGCCGUCGCAUUGUUUGGUUUUGAAUGAAUGGACUUGAAUUAGCGUGAAGUGUGAAACUUUUCGCAUUUGGUCGCUGAGCGUAGUAUUGGUCGUUUCGGAGUGUUCACUGCCCAGUGAACAGUGCCAGAUUUGUAUACUUCGCUACAGUGAACAGAAGCUUUUACGUAUCAGUGCCAAGUUUAUCUUGACCAAGUGUGUUUAAGAACAUGGCUCUGUCGGUGAGUAGUCUUCUUUUGGAGAGCUUCAGUAGCGACUUCGACCCUCUUCAGCCGUCACUUUUCAAGGAUUUAAGCGAUGAUUCAGCAGACGUGAAAACCAAGACCAAAGAAGCAACGGAUGAUCUAUGGAAGAAUUUUUCAUUUCCGCCGACGCCACCGAUCUCACCGGCUUGUUCGCCCCCGUACGCCACAACCGAAGAAGCAAGGGAACAGCCAGUUUGCCAUGGCCUUGCUGACGAGGGACUCUCUCUAGAUGAAGAAUGUUCGCUGUACUUCCAAGCCGGUGACCUCAAGGAUAUAUUGAUCAAAGACUGUAUGUGGAAUGGAGCGGCGUUCGAGAAAAACGUGGACAGGAAACAGCGAAUGCAUUCGAAAAUGGAACGCGUGCGUCUUCUGUGCCAGACGCCGCCUCUGAGUGAGUCAGCCGCGAGGAUUUUGAGCGUGGAUCCGUCAGAGAUCUUUCCGUUUCCUCUUAGUGCUAGCCCGGGCAGUGAUCUGCGUGAAAGCAUCGAGGAACAAUCGGAUUCCGAAGAAGAGGAAGUCGAAGUUGAUGUUGUUACUAUAGAAAACUCAAGCAAACGAGACCAGGAGGAAAUCCAAGAAAUAAUCGAGCCCGAAAGUGAGAAAAUUUGUGCAACAAUCGACGAACCGAAGACGAGUCAAGCCUGUUCGGAAAUAUUGGGCUUAGAAGACCAGCAAGACGCUGACGAUGACGACGAAAAAACCAACUUCGUGGGCAAGAUAAGAACACGUCGACACAGGAAAGUGUUAUGCAGUGACGGAUUAAAUUACCGCGAUGGAAGGAAACUUGUUAAGAACAUGAGCAGCUCCGGUGAAAGCGACGAGUCCGAAAACGAUAGUGAAUUCACACGCGCGACUCAUAAUGUCUUGGAGCGAAAGAGAAGGAACGAUUUGAAAAUGAAGUUUCAAAAAUUGCGGGACUGUGUACCGGAAUUGAAGGACAACGAUCGAGCACCGAAAGUGUCGAUUUUGCGAAAGUCAUGGGAGUAUAUAAGUCAAAUCAAACAAGAGGAAAUAAAACUCCUGGCAGAGCUGGAAAAACAAAAGAAAAUUAACGCAGUGUUGUUAAGAAAGCUUCUGGCUAUGAAUCAAACGAACUAGACACUUUUUACAAUAGGACGCAUUACUUCUAUGCCGUUUUAUCCACUCCCUACAGAGUAGUUUUUGAAGUGCCUUACUGAGGGAACGAGGUUUUUUGAAAAUGUUCAUUUGAUUUUCUUAUUAUUUACACCGGCCCGGCGCUUUGGUCUUCGAAGCGUAAAUUAUAAUGAAUUAACAAUUUUGCUGUGCAACGUAAUAGUAACGCGAGAUUUUUUCAGACGAAUUGAGAACACACUUACGCGUAGCUGAAAUGGCAUAGCUAAGUUGAAUAGACACACAGUUAGAGUUAAUCUUGAAGAUACUGAUUGUAAAUAACGUUAUAAUUGUGCUGUUGCAAUGCGAACCGAAUUUAAACCGGCUUUGUACACGCUUGACAAAAGCAUUAGAAUUUCAUGUAGAGCGACAGCGCAGUAGAAAGCACUAUUUGUGGUAGAAAAGCCACUAAAAUCACGAAUAAAAAUCAACGUUUCUGCUUCAAA